UGGGAAAAAGGCUUUCCUGCACCUUGCUAUUCUUUCUCCUUGAUUCCAAGAUUAAUCCAUGUGGGACCAAUAAUUAAUAAUUCAUGAUUUCCACGUGACAGUUUUUCCUUCCACUUCCCGGUGCUAUGGUUCUUCUGCAUCCACAUCGAUUCUAAUAGCAAAAACAAAUUCUUCUCAAACAAUUUGAUAUGUUGUUGCGCGGUGAGAACUGAACUGAAACAGCUUUGUGAUUCUCUUAACCAUGGCGGAUAUCAUUAGUAGUUUUCCAGACGAAAUCCUUUGUCACAUCUUAUCUUUUCUCCCAACCAAACAAGUAGUUGCAACCAGUGUUCUCUCCAAGCGCUGGAACCUUCUAUGGCGUUCGAUUCCCUUCUUCGAUUUCCACUACGACGGAAACCUCUUUGAUUAUGACAAAGACAAAGAAGCCUACUCCGAUUUUCUUCGCUCCGUUGACUCAUUCUUGCUCUGGCGUGACAGAUACCAACCCCUCCAUAGAUUUCGCCUCAGAUCUGACUCUACCUAUGGUCGCACCGUAAGUAUCCAGACAUGGAUUACUGCUGCAGUGAGUGGAAGCAGUAGAGUUCAACACCUCGAUCUCUAUUUGGAUUGGGGUUUUGUCUUGCCUUCUGUGGUGUUUACCUGCAAAACUCUUGUGGUGCUUAAGUUGACUUUCAUACAAGUGGAAAAUACUUUCUCUGUUGACUUGCCCUUGCUUAAGAUCUUGCAUUUGAAUCGUAUUUGUUCUUCCGAAGGUCUAGAUCUUUCACAGUUUCUCUCUGGGUGUCCUAAUCUUGAGGACUUGGAAGUCAAGAAUUUGAUUUCUAAACCUAAAGGAAAGUUUCCCAGAUUGCCCAAGUUGGUUAGAGCCAACAUCCAUGAAGAUUUACUUCCAUUGGAAGUUGUUAAGGAUGUUGAAAUUUUGUUCUUGGAUUCGAAAUAUCAACAAAUCCUGGAUUUUGACUUUCUGAACUUAGUUCAACUUGAAUUGAUAUUGGAGCUUAGCAAGGAUUGGCUUGGGGUCUUGGAAGUGCUCGAGCAUUGUCCCAAACUUCAAACCCUGGUCAUUUGCAUUUAUAAGAGCAGUUUUGAUACAGCUUUGGCAGGACAUGAAGAAGUAGUUUGGCCAUAUCCACAAUCUGUUCCUGCAUGCAUUUCAUCACACCUUAAAACCUGUUCUCUUAAAUAUUACAGUGGUUCUGUAGAUGAGAUUCAAUUUGCAAGUUACAUUAUGGAGAAUGCAAAAUAUCUACGGACCAUGAAAAUCUGCAUUGACAGUGAAUCUGAUUAUACUUUUGGAGAAAAACUUCAUAUGAAAAGAGAAUUAUCCUCCUGCAUGAAGAGCUCAGAUACUUGUUCACUUACAUUUGAAUAUUCACCGUGAUGUGAUCAAGGGCAGAGAAAGUUGCAGCUGGUGUUGAUGAUGAUGAUGAUUUUGUUUCAGAACUCAAACCUCUAUCAAAAGAAGCUGUUGAAAUACAAAUGAAAGACCUUCAAUUCCUUCAACAAAAUAGUGAGACUUAACAAUGCCUGUGAUUUCCACUGCACAAUAUGACAUUAUAUUUCAGAAACUAUGCUGCUUUUGACUUUUGGUUUACUCAGAAAAAUUGACAGUCAUCAUAGAUCACACAUUCUCUUAUUUUUCAGAUCCAUAUUGAAUGUUGGGGUCAUGACUUCUUGAAAACAGAGAAAUUUCAUGUAGUUACUGUUAGAGAAAUUUCAUGUAGUUACUGUUAGAAUAUGCUCAUAUCAGUUGCAUUGAAGUGGUACCAAUUUGAGAAACAGAAGCAUAUGUGAUAUAGUUAAGAGGAUCUUUCAAAUAUGUGUAAAAUCAUUGAAAACUUUAUAUAUUAUCGAGAAGGUAUAUUAGUUUAAAUUGUUUAAUUUUA